AUGUCGUUCAUUAGAGCUCGCAGUGUCGCUCAGCUUCGGGCUGUGCGAAUUGCUCAACCCGUCAAUGCUCGUUUCUUCUCAUCACCCACCGACGGUUCAGUAAAAACCAGCCCUGCCGAUGCUCCGACUACACCACCCAAGGAUAGCUCCUUGAUCAGAAAGGAAGGUCCCGGAGAAGCAAUGGCUCAUCAUCAGCCAGAUUACGAUGCGACUAUUGAUCAUGCUACCUCGACUUUCUCUCCAGUUCCGAGGCGGGUCAUGGAUGGUAGUGAGCCAGGCGAUGCUGUAGCUGCUGCUGUUCUGUCCGGCGCACCAACCGAUUUGCAAGCACGAACUGUCAGAAUCUAUAAACCUUCGAAGCCCGCGACCCAGUCUGGAACUUGGCACAGUCACCAUUGGCGAAUGGAUUGGGAUGUUCUAGGAAAGGGCCACAGAUGGGAGAAUCCGCUCAUGGGCUGGCAAUCCUCCGGUGAUUUCAUGCAGGGUACUCACAUCAACUUCAAGUCCAAGGAAGACGCCAUUCUGUUUGCGCAGAAGCAAGGAUACGAAUACUUUGUUCAGGAGCCCAAUGAGCGCAAGUUCGUUCCCAAGGCAUACGCCAAUAAUUUCAUGCACGAGCCCAAGAAGCUCAAGCACAUCCGAACCAAAUAG